AUGGUGCUCAUGGCCCCGCUGCUGCUGGGCUUCCUGCUCCUCGCCCUGGAGCUGCGGCCCCGGGGGGAGGCGGCCGAGGGCCCGGCGGCGGCGGCGGCGGUGGCGGCGGCGGCCGGGGCCGGGGGGGAGCGUUCGAGCCGGCCGGCCCCGUCCGUGGCGCCCGAGCCGGACGGUUGUCCGGUGUGCGUGUGGCGGCAGCACAGCCGCGAGCUGCGCCUGGAGAGCAUCAAGUCGCAGAUCCUGAGCAAACUGCGGCUCAAGGAGGCGCCCAACAUCAGCCGCGAGGUGGUAAAGCAGCUGCUGCCCAAGGCGCCGCCGCUGCAGCAGAUCCUAGACCUGCAUGACUUCCAGGGCGACGCGCUGCAGCCCGAGGACUUCUUGGAGGAGGAUGAGUACCACGCCACCACUGAGACGGUCAUUAGCAUGGCCCAGGAGACGGACCCUGCAGUGCAGACAGAUGGCAGCCCUCUCUGUUGCCAUUUCCACUUCAGCCCCAAGGUGAUGUUCACAAAGGUACUGAAGGCCCAGCUGUGGGUGUACCUUCGGCCUGUUCCCCGCCCAGCCACAGUCUACCUGCAGAUCUUGCGACUGAAACCCCUAACUGGGGAAGGGACCGCAGGGGGAGGGGGUGGAGGCCGGCGUCACAUCCGUAUCCGUUCACUCAAGAUUGAGCUACACUCACGUUCCGGCCACUGGCAGAGCAUCGACUUCAAGCAAGUGCUACACAGCUGGUUCCGCCAGCCGCAGAGCAACUGGGGCAUCGAGAUCAACGCGUUUGAUCCCAGUGGCACAGACCUGGCUGUCACCUCCCUGGGGCCGGGAGCUGAGGGGCUGCAUCCUUUCAUGGAGCUUCGAGUCCUAGAGAACACAAAACGGUCCCGGAGGAACCUGGGCCUGGAUUGUGAUGAGCACUCAAGCGAGUCCCGCUGCUGCCGAUAUCCCCUCACAGUGGACUUUGAGGCUUUUGGCUGGGACUGGAUCAUCACACCUAAGGGCUACAAGGCCAACUACUGCUCUGGCCAAUGUGAGUACAUGUUCAUGCAAAAGUAUCCACACACCCACUUGGUGCAACAGGCCAAUCCAAGAGGUUCUGCUGGGCCCUGCUGCACACCUACCAAGAUGUCCCCAAUCAACAUGCUCUACUUCAAUGACAAGCAGCAGAUUAUCUACGGCAAGAUCCCUGGCAUGGUGGUGGAUCGCUGUGGCUGCUCCUAAGGUGGGGGACAGUGGACGCCUCCCCCACAGACCCUACCCUGAGAUCCCCAGCCCUGGUCCCCAUCCUCCCAAGCCCUACAGCUCCCUCCACCUCUUCCCAUGAGCAUCACACCUUGUUCCCUGACCAAGCAGUGUCCAAUACAACAGGGGAGGCAGGUGGGGUUUGAGGGGUGAGAAGCUAAGGGAAAAGGAAAAGGAGGGGCAUGGUCAGGGUGGACAGUGUCUGAAGUUUGCAGGUGAGAAGGUCUGGCAAGAGGACAGAGGGAUGUAGAAACAGAGGUACAGAUGGGAGGGACAGAGAUAGCAACAAAUAGAGCAGCAUUGAGAAGGCAAAGGAAUAGAGAGGCAGAAGAGACAGACUAGGCAGAGACAAACACUGAGAAGGAGACUGAAACAGAGUAAUAAAUGAAAGCCCUACACCAAGCCACCUUUUUUCCACUGGCAAAAUGAGGCUUGGUAUAGUUUGGGGAGCUCCCCUGACUACUCAUCAGUAGGAGAAAAUCAAAAAUUCAUUCUUAGCUUUUUCCCUCUCUCCCAACAGUGGUCAGGGGAAGGGAAGUGAGGACAGGGGCAAAAGUAAGGAUUUGGGAAAUUUAUUUAUUUAUUUAUUGUGACUUUUCAUUUUUUGGUAUUUGGCUUUACUGGAAUAGGAGGGCCCCUGCCCACUAUGCCCCAUUUGUUCCUUAAUCCCCAAACCCUGUUCUUCCCAAUACCCACCCACUAAAGCACUUGUAUAAAGCCUCCAGGGUUGGGAAUGGGAGCAAAGGGCAAGUAAGUUUCUAACCCAUAAUCACCCUAACUUUUUUGAACCAAAUGGAUUGAACUGAGUGGUCAUAGAAACCAUAAGUUAGGGUUUAAGAGCUAUGGGGGGCAGGGAGGGGAGCCCUCAACAUCCAGGAUCUUUGUGAGAGCCACUAAAGCAACCCUCAGACCCACCUUUUCUUUAUGGUAUUACUUAACCAGAGGGUACAGCUUGCUUAUGCCCAAAUUCCCCUCAGCCAAGAGAGACCAAAGAGCCUGUGGAAUGCCCCUGCUCCCAGCCUCUAGCUUCAGGUCAGUAAGAGAGUAGAGAUCCCAGAGGCCCCAGGUCUGGGAAGGGUUAGGAAGAGUCAAGAAAGGAGUAAUAAAGAGGCUGAAGGUACAGGGCAUUUGAAUCCAAAUCACUGCUCUGGGCUAGGGAAUAAAGCCAGCAGACCAAGGUGGAAGGGAUUCUGGAGGGGGGAUAUUUUAGUCCCCAAACCCCAAAGCUCAGGGUGGAAGGACGGAUACAAGGGAGUAGAGUGUCUAUAAUUUUUAUCUUUUAUUUUUGGAAUAUAGCAGUGUCUGAGCAGCAGGGAGGGGACAGUACAGUGGGGAGAGGCAUAAGACAAGGCCAGUUAUAAUAGAGGAUGGGAAGAUGGAGACUUCCUGGUUUUGAAGGCUAGGAAGCAGGCAGACUGACUGGUUGCCACUUCAAGUCACUAGCUGGGCCCAUUUUCCUUCUACAAUCCUGACCUGCCAUCCUCUGAACUCACUGUGCCUCAGUUUCUUCCCCUGGAUGGAAUGAGAAAUAGCAGCACCCGCCACAGCCAAGAGAUGAAUUCUGAGCACUUACCACGGGCACUUUAUGGACAUAAAAUACCUCUCGCUGUGGGACUACGUAACCAGGGCACCAGAGUGGUGAUGAAGAGAUGUGAGGCUUAAAGGAGUCACAGGAUUCAGAAUGCAAGUUCCCCUCUGCCUCCUAGCUGCACAGUGCCUAAAGCCAAGGAGUUGAGAAUCUUCACACCCUAUCCAUACCUCACCAGCAACCUCUUUGCUCCAGAAAAUAGCCUAAAGGAUGUACGUG